AAUUUGUCUUUUCAAUUUUAACUUUUUAUUUUUCUCAGAUUUAUUUUUUUAUUUUCCCCUUGCUCACGAUACGCUCCUCUCUUUACUCCUUCCUUCUACACUGUCUCUGGUACCUUUCUUCGUAGGUCUAACUCUCUUUCGCCUCACAGUUUUGUUCAGGAUUUACAAAAUCAAAGAGAUGGGUAAGGCGAAGAAGGGCCCUAAAUUUGCUGUUAUGAAGAAGGUCGUCACUUCCAAAGCCAUUAAAAACUACAAGGAGGAAGUUCUUAACCCUAAUAAAAAGGAUCUCCGCACGCUACCAAGAAAUGUGCCAAAUGUUUCUUCUGCACUUUUCUUCAAAUAUAACUCUGCACUGGGACCGCCUUAUCGGGUUUUGGUCGAUACAAACUUCAUCAAUUUCUCUAUCCAGAAUAAAUUGGAUCUGGAAAAGGGUAUGCUGGACUGCUUAUAUGCCAAAUGCACUCCUUGUAUCACUGACUGUGUAAUGGCAGAGCUUGAGAAAUUAGGCCAAAAAUACCGUGUAGCUCUGAGGAUUGCAAAGGAUCCUCGUUUUGAGAGACUACCCUGCAUCCAUAGAGGAACCUAUGCUGAUGACUGUAUUGUUGAUAGAGUUACCCAGCAUAAAUGCUUCAUUGUUGCUACAUGCGAUCGAGAUUUGAAGCGAAGGAUUCGAAAGAUUCCUGGAGUGCCAAUCAUGUACAUCACUCAGCACAAGUAUUCAAUUGAGCGGAUGCCAGAAGCAACUAUUGGUGGAGCUCCUAGAAUAUGAUCAAAGGACACAAUCCUUGCACCCGAGGAAGACCAGACCAAACUAGAGAGAUACCAUGAAAUACAAGGAUGACCCUUUUUUGUUUUUGGGUUGCUCUUGAAGUAGGAAAUCUGCAAAAUAUAUCAGAAAUGUUUAUGUUUUAUGUAGGUAUAAUUUAGUGUAGCCCCAUCAACCUGGAUGGAUUAUCACACACACAAAUGAAGUGUUGCAAGAAAUUGAAAUCACCAAAAUUACCAAUUUGCUUUCAAUGCUGAAAAUGAGGCUAUGUGAUUGUAUCAAGUGCAACUGCAGAAUAUUAUCAAGUUUAUUGCCAGAGUAAAAAAAAAAUUACUAAUAGUUGUUUUAUCUUAA